AUGAGUAAUACGCCUACAAUAACAUUCUCACAAAGCAAUAAAGGCAAGCGUGUACUUGUCUGUGAUGGUUAUGUGUAUCAUUUAAAAAAGUCAUUUACUGAAGCUACACCAAUUGGUUGUAUUUACGAUGAAGAAGUAGCCAAAGCUCAAUUGAGUCAAACUGCUCUAAGUAUAGUCGCAUCAGCUCAAGAUGCUAGUAAAUAUCUUUGUUUGUCAUCAUUAAAUCGAAUUCGUCGGCUUGAAUCUUUUCUUCUACCAAAAUCAUGUCGUUUUGAUAUUCCUACUCUUUAUAAUCAUACAAUCAACGUAGAACGAUUUUUACUUUACGACAAAAUGAGACGAAAUAAAAGAAUACUUAUUUUUGCUACAGAUGAUCAACUACGUGUCCUUUUUAAAGCUAAACACAUAUUAAUGGAUAGCACAUCCUCGUCAUGCCCACUAUUUUUUGAACAAGUUUACGCGCUUCAUGGAGUUAAAUUCGAACAGAGUGAGUUUUCCAUGUGUGUUUGCUCUUCUCAUGGGUCGCUCUUUUACAGAAAGGUGCGAGAACUUGGUUUAACUAACACAUACAAAGAUGAUGCAAAUGCUCGCAAUUUUUGUCGUCGUCUGAUGGCCUUACCCCUUCUACCACUACAUGAAGUAGAAUUUGCAUUUGAAGAACCUACUGAACAACGCCCAGACGUUCUUGCACCACUUUUCGUCUAUUUCGAUAAUUAUUGGAUGAAACAAAUAUCUUUGACUUUAUGGAACGUUUCUGACUUAAAAACACGGACUAACAACAACUGCGAAGUUGCCCGAUCAAGUCUUAAAAAUAUAAAUGAUGAUGUUGCAUUUAUUCUUAUUCGUAAUAAACUUUUACAAGCCAAAAUAGUCUUUCAUGAUCUACUUUCAUAUUUAUUUAUUUAUUUUAUUGUCGCUUAUUGUCUUUCAGGUUCCCUUGAAGAUUGUAAUAGUGAAUAUGCUCGAUUAACUCGUUUAUCACAAGAUCAAGUCGAUGACCAAAAUGAUGAUGAUUCAAUUCAAGAUGCAAUCAAUGUCAUUAAUUCAUCUAUGACAAAUAUAAGAUCUUCAAAAAUUGAUCGAACACGUUUAUCAUCAUCAGCUUCAUCAUCACCACGAAUUUCAGCAUGUGCACAAGCACCAGAAAAAAUAGAUGUUGAAGUUUAUGCUUAA